GGUUUUCUGAGCAGGAGGUGGGUGAGCUCCAGCUCCAGCUCCCCCAUUCACCCCUGCACCCACACCUGCCAUCCCCAACUGGCAGCAGCAUCUAGACCUCUGCCUCUGUCUCUGUCUCUGCCUCCUUCCUCCCGCCUGUUCUUCUCGCCGGGCAACUCCUGUACCUGCCUCAAUUGCAUUGUGGCAUAGCUUACUCUCUCCCGCCUCCCGCCCUCGUAUCAUAGGUCAACAUCAUACCUAGUUUACCUUACCUAGUCUUGCGAAUAGCGUCUCCUCACCGUAUUCUUGCAUUCUUGCAAAUUACUCGUACGUACCUUUUAAUCGAGGCUUUCCCGUCCUUCUUUUGCCUCCCCCUCCUUUUUCCUCUUUGAUUCUCCGUCUCUCUUUUACGGCGCUCCACGCUCCACGCUCCUUGAUUUUGCUCUACUACAAACCGUAGCCAUCGCAGUCAACAGCCUCCAAAAUUGGUCCACUUGCUCCAACCAUACCUCGUAUAGAUAUAACUGACGAUGGCUCCCAAGACAAUGGUCUCCAACCAGGUGUACCUACUCCCACUAAAAGAUGAUGGGAGUCCAGAUGUGUCCGGUGGCUACAUUUACUUGACUCCGCAAUCCACAAGUCCGGUCAUUGUGCGUUUUCAAAUCGAAGGCACCUCUUCCAUAUGUCGACAUGGUAGCUUGUGGGUAAACAUCCCUGAGGAGGGUGCCCAAUUUCAGCGAGAUCACUUUCGAGAGUUCAAGUAAGAAUCUCAUUUUCAGCUUCUGCAACCCAAUGUGCUAAUCCACUCGAAGACUCGAGCCGGACUUUAAUCGAACAAUCGAAAUAUCCAUACCCAUUCAUGGCGCUGGCGCAUUUGCUUUCUACACUACCUAUGCACCUCUACCCGAACUCACAGAAACCUCCAACACGCAGAUCAAGCCCACGCAAACACCUACAUACUAUAUCGAUGUGGCGCCAAGGCUUUCUCUGGAGGGUGAGCAGUUGCCUUUGGCAGCAUUGUCAAUCUUCUCCCUCAUAUCAAAAUUCAUGGGCAAAUAUCCAACGGAUUGGGAAGGCCACUUGAGAGGUAUCAGUGCGAGGGGUUAUAACAUGGUCCACUUCACACCAUUACAACAAAGAGGAGAGUCGAAUUCCCCAUACAGCAUAUAUGAUCAACUAGCUUGGGACCCAGUAUGUUUUCCAAACGGCGAAUCAGAUGUCAAAAAAUUGGUUGGGAACAUGGGAAAAAACCAUGGUCUACUAGGGCUCACCGACGUGGUGUGGAACCACACAGCCAACAAUAGCAAAUGGCUACAGGAACAUCCCGAAGUUGGCUACAAUGUGUCAACCGCGCCUUGGUUAAGAUCUGCGUUGGAGUUGGAUACUGAACUUCUCCAAUUCAGCAAGGACCUAGGCAAAUAUGGCCUCCCUACAACCUUAAAAUCAGAAGACGACCUUCUGAAGAUUAUGGAUAGCUUGAAAGAAAAGGUGAUAGCAAAGCUCAAGUUGUGGGAGUUUUACGUCAUUGAUGUCGAGCGAAACGCGGACGCUGCGGUGGAGUCGUGGUCCAAGGCACAAAUCACGUUUCCUGCAGGCGGUUUUGGUGGCUCAGAUUUCGGUGGUCUUGAGACUAUCAAGAGCUCAACUCCCGCUCAACAGUCUGAAUUUCUUACAAAAACCGCACUGGACAAUAAAGACCGAUUAGGCGAGCGCUACUUUCGCCGAGUAAAUCCCAAGGUGGCUGCGGCACUUCUCACAGCUAUAUAUGGCCGAUUUGAUGGGGAUAGUUCCAACUCUACAGGCCGACAAGCUGCACGUAGUUAUAUAGUCAAGGUACUGGAUGAACUCAACUUGCCCUUGUACAAGGAGUAUGAUCAUGAUGUUGCAGAGCUUCUUGAGCAAAUUUUCAAUCGAACUAAAUACACGAGACUUGAUGCCCACGGCCCAAAGCUUGGUCCAGUCGAUUUGAAGAACCCUCUCAUCGAAUCCUACUUCACACGUCUCCCAAAGAACUCAAUCACUGCUCAACAUAACCAGGAGGAUCUCGCUCUUGCAAAUAAUGGCUGGAUUUGGGCGGCCAACGCCUUGGUAGACCACGCUGGUCCACAAUCUCGUGCUUAUUUACGACGAGAAGUGAUUGUUUGGGGAGACUGCGUGAAACUUCGAUAUGGAAAGAGUAGGGAAGACAGCCCUUUCUUGUGGGAUUUCAUGGCAAAAUAUACUCGUCUGAUGGCGAAGUAUUUCACUGGCUUUCGAAUUGAUAAUUGUCAUUCAACGCCUAUCCAUGUCGCCGAGUUUCUUCUAGAUGAAGCUAGGAGAGUUCAACCAAACCUUUUCGUUGUGGCAGAAUUGUUCUCUGGAUCCGAAGAGAUGGACUAUAUUUUUGUCAAGCGCCUUGGUUUGAGUUCGCUGAUUCGUGAGGCCAUGCAAGCUUGGAGUACAGGAGAACUCAGUCGUCUGGUCCAUCGACAUGGUGGUAGACCCAUAGGCAGCUUCGAGGUUGAUGAAAUAUCUGGGACAGUUGUGAAGUCUCCAGUCAACGACCAGGCAAACGGGCAACUCAAGCGAGACAUCGUCCACCGGAUCAAGAAUACACCUGUACACGCCCUGUUCAUGGAUUGUACGCACGACAAUGAAGUGCCUGCUCAGAAGCGCGAUGCUCGAGAUACGCUACCAAAUGCCGCGUUAGUGAGCAUGUGUUCAAGUUCAACUGGUAGUGUGAUGGGCUAUGACGAAAUUUAUCCCCAAUUGGUGGAUUUGGUUCACGAGACGCGAUUGUAUACAUCUUCAUCAUCUAAAAAGCCCGUUGAAAUAGGAGCCGGAGACGGUGGCAUUGGUGGUAUCAAGAAACUUCUCAAUCAAAUUCAUACUCUAAUGGGCAAAGAUGGAUAUGAUGAAACUCACAUCCAUCACGAGGAUGAGUAUAUUACUGUACAUCGCGUCCACCCAGAAUCUCGGAAAGGCUAUUUCCUAAUUGCACACACUGCUUACCCUGGGCACGGAAAUGGCAAUGGAAACUUUAAUCCGGUCCACCUGCCAGGCACCAAAGCCCGUCGAAUAGGGAGCUGGAUGCUCCAGGUUGAUGUGAGCGAAGAGGCGAAGAAAGAGGCCUUGGAAGACAAGAAGUAUCUCAAAGGGUUACCAAGCAAGGUCGUCAACCUUGCUGGUGUCACGAUGGAGGUAAAAGAGGAUGAAACGGUCAUCACCGUUCGCGAGAAAUUUCCUCCAGGAAGUAUUGCUCUAUUUGAAACCUGGAUUCCUAGUGCUGAACACUCUCAUGGACUUGAUACGUUCGUCACCUCUGGGGCUAAGGAAGCAUUCUCAAAAUUAGAUCUUGUGGACCUGAAUUUUGUUCUUUACAGAUGCGAUGCUGAAGAGAAAGACUCAAGCGACGGCAAGGACGGCGUGUAUGAGAUCCCAGGGCACGGGAAGCUCGUUUACGCUGGAUUGCAAGGAUGGUGGAGUGUCCUCAAGAAUGUCAUCAAGGAAAACAAUCUGGCGCACCCAAUUUGCCAGCAUCUACGGGAGGGGCAAUGGGCUUUGGAUUAUAUCGUAGGUCGAUUGGAGAAGAUAUCCAAGAAGACGGGACACGAACAACUCUCUAAACUUGCCAUCUGGUUGAAAGAACGCUUUGAUGCGAUCCGAAAGAUUCCGAGUUUCCUUUUGCCUCGUUAUUUUGGUCUUGUUAUUCGAACAGCCUACACUGCCGCAUACAAUCGUGGGAUCGACUUGAUGAACGAGAAUGUUCAGCAAGGACAAUGGUUCCUCAAGAGUCUUGCUAUGGUGAGUAUACAGCAAUCCGGAUUCGUUAAAUCAGCUUCACUUUACCCCAACAAAGCUGUUCCAUCAUUAGCAGCUGGGCUACCUCAUUUCUCGGUCGAGUGGGCUAGAUGUUGGGGUCGUGAUGUUUUCAUUUCCGCACGAGGAUUAUAUCUCGGCACAGGGCGGUAUGCUGAGUGUAGAGAGCACAUCUUAGCCUUCGCAAGUGUCUUGAAACAUGGAAUGGUACCAAAUCUUCUUAGCAGUGGCAAUGACCCUCGAUACAACGCCCGGGAUGCUAUAUGGUUUAUGUUGCAGACCAUUCAAGAUUAUACCAAGAUCGUACCCAAGGGGAUUGAGCUCUUGAAAGAGUUGAUCCCUCGACGUUUCUUACCCUAUGACGAUACCUACUUUGACGCAGAUGAUCCGCGAGCAUACUCCAAGUCGUCAACGCUGGAAGACAUCAUCCAAGAAGCACUUCAGCGCCAUGCGACUGGGAUGGAGUUUCGUGAGGCCAAUGCUGGCCCAAACCUUGACAUGCAAAUGAAAUCGGAAGGGUUUGACCAAUCAAUCAAAGUUGAUUGGGACACAGGAAUUAUCUUUGGUGGAAAUCAAAACAAUUGCGGAACAUGGAUGGAUAAAAUGGGCGAGAGUGAUCGUGCAGGCAGCAAAGGCAUUCCUGGCACGCCUCGUGACGGAGCCGCUGUUGAAAUCACUGGCCUUCACUACAGUACCAUGAUUUGGCUCGCGGAGCUUUACAAAGAAGGCAAGUAUAAAUACGAUGGUGUCAACACGACCGAACAGAAUCAUCAAUCCAUCAAAUACUCAGAAUGGGCAGCACGCAUCAAAGAGAACUUCGAACGUUGUUAUUACGUUCCUCUUGAUUCGAAAGAUGACAAGGAUUAUGAUGUCAACCCCAAGAUCAUCAAUCGCCGAGGCAUAUACAAGGACCUUUAUAGAUCAGGCAAGGAGUAUGAGGAUUAUCAACUUCGACCCAACUUCCCUAUCGCUAUGACCGUUGCACCAGAUCUUUUCAAUCCGGAACAUGCCAUCUCAGCUCUCUUCCUUGCAGGUAAAGUCAUUCGGGGUCCCACAGGGAUGGCAACUUUAGAUCCUGCUGAUCUCAAUUACCGUCCAUAUUACAAUAACUCUGAAGACUCGACAGAUUUUGCGACUAGCAAGGGAAGAAAUUACCAUCAAGGCCCGGAAUGGCUUUGGCCUACUGGAUUCUUCUUGAGAGCACUCCUAUAUUUUGAUCUGAAGAGAAGAGAUGGGCCUGAGGGAAAGACAGAGGCAUUUCAGCAGAUCACAAGGAGGUUGGCGGGAUGUAAGGAGGCGAUUGUCAACAGUGACUGGGCGGGAUUGACUGAGUUAACUCAGAAAGGGGGCGAGUAUUGCGCAGAUUCGGUAAGUUUUCACAAUCUCUGCACUGAUGAAGGCAUAUUUGCUAAUGGAAUUGCUAGUCCCCUACGCAAGCAUGGAGUGCCGGGUGCCUUAUUGAUCUCUAUCAUGACGCUAAACAGUAUGAUGUUAAUUUGCUUUCAGAAUGACCUGAUCCUGGUCGUCAAGACGUAUAUACAGACCGCGAAAAGUUUUGGCCGAAUUUGGACAGAAGAACGUGGAUGGGUUGGUGAUACAUAUUAGACGAGAGGCAGCACGGGGCGACCUCGCUACAAAGCUUUAGAAUCGGCUUUUGGACCGAGAUUAAAAACGAAGAUUGUGAUCUUCGCGAUGCUGAGGGGUAAAUAAUUAAAAGAAUGUUAAGAUCUUUUAAAUGUGGUGGUCAUUCAUCUUCGUGCCCUCAG